AUGGCUAACCUAUCUCCAUACCUCCAAGAGCUGGGACUGUCCAAAUCUGCAACAGCUGCCAUCACCAUCGCCUUACCACUCUCUGGCGCUUUCAUAGGACCCACAGCCGGAGCACUUAGCGAUCGUCUUCGAACACGAUGGGGUCGAAGGAGACCUAUGAUUCUCGCGGCAGCAAUCCUGACUAUCGUAUUUCUUGGCCUCCUGGCAUGGACGGAGCAGUUCGUCCAUCUGUUUGCGGCUUGCCCGGGCGCAGAGCCUUGUGACGAUCCCAAAGGCAACAUUUCUAAGACCACAAUCGCACUCGCCAUCAUUUGGACACUACUCGUCAGCAUCGCGGUGCAGCCAGUUCAAGCUGGCGUCCGAGCUCUCAUGGUCGACAUCGCACCAGCAGACGAACAGAGCCGUGUCAGUGCUUGGGCGAGUCGGAUCCAAGGCUCAUUGGCAAUCUUCAGCUUCUUCGCCAGCUCGUUGAAUUUACCUGAUCUACCUGGACUGGGCCGCUUGACGCAAUUCCAGGCGUUGACAUGUCUGAAUUUCAUCACGCUGGGCGGCACAGUGUUGAUUACCUGUGUCUUCAUUGCGGAGAAAGAUAGUCGCCGUAUCUCGCUGCAAGCGAAGCAGAGAAGUGUGAAGGAGGUGUUCCGCCAUAUCUAUCAGACCGUGUGGCAUCUGCCCAAGAGGAUUUCUGGGGCUUGCAAGGCGCAGUUCUCGUCGUGGUUUGCGUGGUUUCCGUUGCUUUAUUACACAACUACAUUUAUUGGCGAGCUGGGCACCAAAGACAUGGAAGUUCUGGAGAGUCCUGGCGAUACGCUCGCCCAGGCUGGAUCGCUUGGUAGCCUAUCCUUCGCCAUCGUUGGCUUCUUUUUCACCCUCACUUUACCAGUGGCAUUGCCCUACGUUACGAAAAAGCUCGCUAGACGUUCCACCCAGGCGGAAGCUGAUAACGAAGCCAACGACACCUCCAAUUUCAGCUCAGAACCGCGUAGCCUCCUAUGGCUCUGGCUCAGCACACAGCCCGUUCUCGGCCUUCUGCUCGUCCUCACGCUCGCCGCAGCCUCCCAAUGGCAAGGCAUCGUCCUUGUUGCUCUCGCAGGCUUGCCCUGGGCGGUCACACAAUGGGUACCAUGGGCCGUCAUCGGUUACGAGACAUCGAGACAGGGUCUCCAGUCCGAAGAAGAUGAAGAAGAUGCUGCAGACAGUCAGGCUGGAGCCAUACUCGGAGUUCACAAUAUGGCCAUCUCACUGCCGCAAGUGCUCUCUGGUGCUGUGAGCAGCGUGACGUAUAAAAUUUCUGAGGAGGCUGGAAGUCAGGUUCCGACGGCGUGGGUUCUGGCGAUUAGUGGUGUUGCCGCGUUUGUAGCGGCUUAUCUUGUUAAGCGGGUGUUGUAG